AUGCGCGUGACGGACGAGGUGCUUCUGCGCGGCCGCAGCAAGGCGCCCCUCGACCAGCUGCAAGUGCUCCACGUUGAGCACUGCAGCGUCCAAGCGCUCGCAAACCUCCAACACUGUGGCUGUCUCCACUCGCUCUACGCUGGCCACAACAAGCUCGUCGACAUUAGCAAUCUGGAGGGCCUUCCGCAGCUCUGGCUCGUCGACCUGAGCGCCAACAAGCGGCUCCACGACCUGAGCCCCCUCUCGAGCUGUCUUGCCCUUGGGUACCUCAAUUUGAGCGACGGCAGUUUGACCUUCAAGGACCUCGUCCCGCUCCACGACGUCCACAUCCUCGAGCUGCAUUUGCACGGGAACGCCGGUCUCAUUGGCGACGACGACGAGGCGACGUACCGCAUGAUCGUCGCCGCCCUCUUGCCCAACGUGAUGUCGCUCGACGGCCAUUACAUCACGGCGGCCGAGCGCCUGCGGUCCAUCGAGCGCUACGACAGGUACGUGCAUGUCCUCAUGCACGGCGACGUGGAUGGGUACGGCACAACGUCGGCGCUUUGGACGCCGCCCGCCAUCGCGAUGCUGCACAACGACGGGCUCGGCUUGGCACCCGCGCACGCCAAGCACACCGAGUGGCCGCGGCUGCCGUUGCAAUCACUGCUUCAGCUUCCGCCGCGGGCAACGUUGCACCUCCUGCUGCUGCUCCUCGUGCCGCUGGAGUUUUCGACCGUGCCGUUGCAAAUGGUCUCGGACGCGCUGACGAUCAACCUCGUCGGCCAGGUCGACAGCCAUGGGCUCCGUGCGCUGCUUCGCGUCCCGCCAUACGUCCGUGUCGCGCUCGCCUUCCACCUCCACAAGCUGCAGGCCGCCCAGAUACCGCGUUUACCUGAUGACGAGCAGCAACUCUGGGCGACCGUGCCGAUGGUGUCCGCGACGUACUUGCCGGUAAAGACCAAACCGGCGGCGAUAGCGGAUCAUCCAGCGUUCCAGCGCCGGUGCUGCUACGUGGUAAUCUUGCUGUCCCGGUCGCCGUCGUUUCCGGCGCUCUCGGUCGCCACGUCCGCGACGUCACCCGAGUACGAGGCGAUCAAACCACUUCUCGAGGCCGCGCACAUGAGCCUCGAGGAUUUGUAUCCAACGCCGGACUCUUCUCUCAGACACGCCAUGUGGAUGGGUGCGUCCUCAGCCGAUCCGAGCACCCACGUGGGAGGUGGCAGCGCCGACGAGCUUCCUUGGAACAAGAAGGACGCGCCGCGCAAGUACGACCGUCCUUGGGAGCUGCAACACAGUGUGAGCGCGCCAGCGCUGGCACCUACCACCGCACCAGAUGUGCUCGGCAGUCCCGUCCGCGUGCCCAUCAAGAUUGGCGAGUGGGUCGAAGUCCGGCGCCGGCAGUACGUGCCGAUCCUGAGCGUCUCCAACGACAACAAGUACGUUGUCUUGGCGUCGUUCAAAGGCCAGAACGACGCGCCGUUCUAUGGCAACACGACGCUACAAGUUGCCCAGCUCUUGAAGGCGUCGCACAAGGUCUGGAAGAUUUUGGAUCUAACAACCACGUCGCAAACCAAGCUCGACAAGUCGGUGUGCGGCCCACUGCAUCGCGUGUCCCGCGCCCACCACAAGAGCGGGCUUCCGCGCGACGCUGGCGUGCCCAACUUUGACGUCUCGGACGCCGACGCGGCCGCGGCCCUUGACCGCACCGGUGACCGCGACGCCACCGGGCUUGUUUCGACUGUCGAUGGAUUUGCGCUCAACGCAACAUGGGACGCCAACUACGUGCUUGCGCCAGCCCACGUCAUUGAUGUGCAGAACUACUGUAUGGGCAAAGUCGACGGCAGCCACGCGUGGUCGUCGAUUGAGGCGCCGUCCUUUAUCGAUGCUGGGCAGCUCGGUAACCAACACAUUGUGCAGCAGACGCGUCCGUUGGUCAGUAGCACACCGUCGAAGCCGCUCGAUGCAAUGCUUGCGCUGCAGAAGGAUAUGGCAGCGCUUCUCGGUCGCACUGUGGCCAGCGACGCAGCCGACUCAGUCUUUCUCACGUCGCUGCAGGAAACAACGAGCGCGCCAACGAACAGUGCAUCCUCACCCGCCAAGAAGGCAAGCGCGUUGGGCCUAUGCGCCUUGCCAUUUCGCUCGAGUGAGACAUUGGAAGUGGCGGUGGUCGAUGAAGCGCAGCCGCUGCGUCGGAAGGCUGGCCACCGCGUCUGGCACGCCGUCUCGGCCAAGCCGCAGCUCAUCGUUGGCUCUGUCCUCGGAUCUCGACCACCGUCCCAGAAGAGGCCACGGGCGCCGCUCGGCGCGCUCCCGAGCUUGAGCGUCCAAGGCGCCACUUCACGCCUCACGCCCAGUGCCAGUGUCCCGUAUUUCUAA